GGUCAUUCUCAGCGCCUGUCGAACCAAGAAGUUCCUUGAAACUCAGAACUUAAUUAAACAUAUCGAACAAAGCGGCCCCUUCUUAGAGACUAGAGUAGAUUGGGAACGUCAGACUGACAAAGAUGAGUGGAAUAGCAGUUUCACCAUCAAACCAUUGGCACCUCCAAACCCAAAACAGUCCCACAAAACUAACAAACAGAACAAUCAAUCCAAUCCCAUUUGUUCAAUUCAACAAGAAGCAAAACCCAUCAAAUGGAAGACACCCACUUCUCUCUUUUGCCAUAAAUCCCUCCAAGACACAAACCCCACAAACCCCAAUUCCCAGCACAAGCCCACCACUUGUUGUUGUUGGAUCAGCCAAUGCAGACAUCUAUGUGGAGAUUGAUAGGCUGCCCAAGGAGGGUGAGACCGUCUCAGCCAAGACUGGCCAGACACUUGCUGGUGGCAAGGGUGCCAACCAGGCUGCCUGUGGUGGCAAGCUCUCUUACCCAACCUACUUUGUGGGCCAGGUGGGUGACGAUGCCCAUGGCAAGUUGAUCAUCGAGGCUCUGGAAAAUGAUGGUGUGCGUCUGGAUUAUCUGAAUACUGUGGAUGCUGCACCCACUGGGCAUGCUGUGGUGAUGCUCCAGCCUGAUGGGCAGAACUCAAUCAUCAUUGUUGGUGGUGCCAACAUGAACUGUUGGCCUGAGCCCCUUUCUGAGAAAGAGUUGGAAGUGGUGAGGAAUGCAGGGAUUGUUUUGCUGCAGAGGGAGAUUCCGGAUUCGGUCAACAUUCAGGUUGCGAAGGCUGCAAGGAGUGCUGGUGUUCCAAUCAUCAUGGAUGCUGGGGGAAUGGAUGCACCGUUCCCACAAGAAUUGCUCCAUCUUAUUGAUAUUUUUAGCCCAAAUGAAAGUGAACUUUGUCGUUUGACUGGAAUUCCAACUGAAAGUUUUGAACAAAUUACUCAAGCUGUUGUAAAAUGUCAUAAAAUGGGUGUUAAGCAAGUUCUUGUGAAACUCGGGGCCAAAGGGUCUGCCCUAUUUGUAGAAGGCGAAGAGCCAAUUCAACAGCCCGUCAUAUCAGCAGCCAAGGUCCUGGAUACCACAGGAGCAGGAGAUACAUUUACUGCUGCUUUUGCUGUGGCUCUUAUGGGGUCCAAGUCCAGCAAGGAAUCCUUGAAAUUUGCUGCUGCAGCUGCUUCUCUUUGUGUUCAAGUGAAGGGAGCUAUUCCUAGCAUGCCUGAUAGGAAAUCAGUUUUGGAUCUUCUUCAUUCUCUUUGAGUUUACUGUUGCAUUAGGGUAGCUACAUACCAUAAACUUUCAUCAUGCACAUAAAUAAAUACCAUCGGUCAACCUCUUUUCUUUGCUACUGUUGGGGUUUGAUUUGUUUUUUUUCCCGGAACACUCUUUGACUAGACGGAAGUACAUCUUUUGGAUCUUCCAAGAUUCAUCGGUGCUUUUCCUUUUACCUUUUCAAAAUCUUUUCCCUUGGAAAUAAAUUUUUCCUGAUUUUCCUUUUUUCUUGUCUAUAAAACAGAUUGAUUCUACAGUGUAUGCAAUUUGCUAUUUUUCUAGACCACUAUAAAUUACUGCGGAGUAUAAUUUAUGUUGACAGGGA